AUGACUGAUAUCGGAACAGAAGACGGAAGAGAAGGCGAGGCGCAAAAUGCAAAUAGGCAGAGCCAGGGGCCGUCGCAGACGAGCACAGUCAGGUCGGCAAUCUCCUCUCAGAGAACUCCCGCAGCCUGGCCGCAGCCUAUACCGCUCCGCCGGGGACUGUCUGGGAAAGGAAAAAGAAGCAGUCUCGCCGGGAGUGUUGGGGGGAGCUCAACCGCAACCGGGGGCCGGCCUGCCAGCUCGGCCAGCCGAAGUCACGUCCCAUCUGUGCAGUCGUCUGCCUUCUUCCGGCCGAUGAGCUCCCAAAAGCUUCAGGCGCAACGAGGCGCAACGCGACCGUCCAAUAUGAGCAGGCAUGUGGAGGUGAUUGGCAGUGGCGACGAGGAGUCCCCGUCGAGCCCCCAGUUCGGCGCAAACGUUGUGCGCCAUAGCAUCACAUCGAACACAGCCUCAGGGCGAUUGGUCACGGAUGAAACUCCGCCUUCCCGUGGCACCGAGAUGACCGGCCAUGGGACCUACGAUCGCCACACUGCACACACUAGAGACAGCGUGACCGACAGCGUGCGGCCUCUGCGGAAGAAGACGGCGGAGGAGAAGGGUCUGCAAGUCGCGACGGAUAGGCCAUUUGACAAGAAGUCCCAGCCAUCGCCUCUGACUGCUCAGUCGAUUCGGUCGAGCUUCAUGAUGAGGAAUGGCGCCGGCUCGCAUACGUCCAACCGUGACAGAGAAGGGGCCGAGAAGCUUGAAUCUGUGGACUCGUCUCCUCAGUACCAGGGCCAUGAAUCCCACCACAAACGAUCGCACAAGGCAGAGGCACCGCGGCCUGUGAGGCGUGAGAUCAGCCGCAACUGGGAAUAUUUCACCGGGAACACUGUCUUUUGCUUAGGAGGCAGGUUCCAAAACACCAGAUCUCGGCCAGUCAACAUUGUGACCGGUACCCUUCUCAUCCUCCCUUGUAUAUUGUUCUUCGUCUUCUCGGCUCGCGAUCUCUGGUAUGAUGUCUCCCCGGCGGUACCAAUCAUCUUUGCCUACAUCACUUUCCUCAGCGUGUCUUCUUUCUUCCAUGCCUCUGUUACCGAUCCUGGUAUCCUGCCGCGCAACCUACAUCAGAACCCCCCGCCUGAUGUUGACGAGGACCCGUUGAGACUGGCUCCGCCAAGUACGGACUGGAUCCUGAUAAAGUCAGCCGAGUCUUCCACGGCAGCCAUGGAAGUGCCCACCAAGUACUGCAAGACAUGCCAAAUCUGGAGGCUUCCACGAACGCAUCAUUGCCGCAUGUGCGAUAAUUGCGUCGAAACAUCGGACCACCACUGCGUGUGGCUCAACAACUGCGUGGGCCGACGCAACUAUCGCUACUUUUUCGCCUUCGUCUCGUCCACGACCCUGCUGGGUCUUUACCUCAUCGGCGCCUCCCUGGCACAGAUUUUGGUGUACAUGGAUCGCGAAAAGGUCACAUUCGCACGUGCUAUCAACCACGACGCUGUGCCUUUCGCAAUGGUCAUCUACGGGCUUAUCGGCACCCUCUACCCUGCCGCACUCAUGGGUUACCACCUGUACCUAAUGGCCCGCGGCGAGACUACGCGCGAGUUUCUGAACUCCCACAAAUUCCUGAAGAAGGAUCGGUUCAGGACUUUCACCCAGGGCAGCUGGUAUAAGAACUGGACCGUUGUGCUCUGCCGUCCACGCCCUCCGACGUACUAUAAUUUCAAGAGGCAGUAUCAUGCGGGUGACCAGCGCCUCGCGGCGAUGAAGCUGAAGGAAAAGAGGAGGGAUGCGAAGAUGAAGAAGCAAGAGGACGUCGAGCUGGACAGCAUCCCCCAGAAGGGCUUCCAGGGCCCGACAGCGCUGAGGGGCUCGUCUCCGAAGGCGGCAUGA